AUGGCGAAGUCAAAGAACCACACAAAUCACAAUCAAAACCGCAAGGCUCACCGUAAUGGUAUCAAAAAACCGAAGAAGUUCAGACACGAAUCUACUCUCGGUAUGGACCCUAAAUUCUUAAGAAACCAGAGGUUUUGCAAAAAGGGUAAUUUGAAGCCAGCCAAGCAGUUAAUACGCGCUGCAGAGAGGAAAGCUGCAAGGGAAGCUAAAUCUAAGAAAUGA